CCCCCCAGCUUGUCUUGUUUCAUAGCCGGAGCUGAGUCUCUUGGUUUUGGUUGCCAGCAACCGGCAGCAGCCAGGCCUCCCUAUCCCCUCACGGGGCCAGAGUGAUUGCUUUUGGAAGUGGGAAAUCGAAGACGGAGGAGAUGCGACACAGCUGCAGAACGAUGCGACGACUCUGAAGAUCGACAACCUGCUUCUCUCGGCACCACCCCCACGACCUUUUGGCCUGACCCGAUAGGUAACGCCGCGCAAACAAGACGCUUGCAGCCCCGAAAGACUCGGUGCAGUCUAUUGCACACCACGCCUUCUUCCUACAUCGACGCGCUGCUACUUGGUCACUUUCCGCAACAUGCCGUCACUCGAGGCAAAGAUUGUGGUGGUUGGCAGCCAAGGUGUGGGCAAGACGUCGCUGCUGAUGCGCUACGUCAAAGGCUCGUUCAAUCCAUCACAGGUCACCUCCACGGUCGGCGCCAGCUUCCUGGCCAAAAGAGUUGUGGCCGACGAUGACACGGUUGUGAGGUUGCAGAUUUGGGACACAGCCGGCCAGGAACGCUUCCGAUCCAUAUCGAAACUGUACUACCGGGGCGCCAACGCAUGCAUACUGUGCUACAGCAUAACAGAUGCCAAUUCAUUUGCCGAGAUGGGCAUGUGGCUGCGCGAGCUGCGGCGCAACCUACCCGCAGAUAUCGUGCUGCACGUCGUCGGCACCAAGGCCGAUAUAGUCGCCCGUGAUCCUUCCCGGCGGGAGGUACCCUUCGAGCGCUGCAUAGCAUACGUCGCCGAGCAUUUGGCUCCAGGUCAGACUAGCACACCUCCGCCUACUGCAACGCCGCUUCUUCCGACCCCGAUUUCAAACGGCACCAGCACGCCCGCAGGGAUGGCAGCACACUCGACGUCUCCCCCUUUUAUACACGGCGGCGAGCCUCGCAGCCCGAGCUCGAAGCGCAGCAGCGGCUUCUGGGGCAUGGAGGUUGGCUGGGAUGCCUGUCACGAGAUCUCUGCCGAGAGCGGCGAGGGCGUCGAGGAGGUCUUCCGCGUGGUGACGCGCAAGCUGGUCGAGCAGAACCGCAAAAUGCAGCAGGCUCUCUUGGCCGCGACCGCGACGCCCGGCAUGACUCCGGCGGGCGACGCCCUGAUGAGCGGAGGCUAUUAUGACGGAGGCGCUGAUCAUUACGGCGCCGGUGGUCCGAUGUCAGGCGGCGGCCCCGGAGGAUCCGCGGUCGCCGGUUACUUUGACGGGAUGAACCCAAGAGGCAGUUUCCGCGUCGGCCGCGACAGGCGGUCCUGGCUCUUCUCUCCCGCCAUCCAAAUCGAGCAGGGAGGAGCACCGCAAGGCGGGGAACAAGGUGCAGAAGAACCUGAUGGCUCGAGGCGGAGCAGAUGCUGCUGAUAUGCCCCCAUCUCUACUUUUCCCCACGACUCUUUUUUUAUCGCAGCAUGUUUCUACUAUUUGUUAUCAUUCUUGUCUUGUUUUUGCCUUGCUUUUUAUCAUGCCAGGGGCGUCUUCGUUGCACUUCCAUUUGCAUUUCAGGAUCAUUCGGCCGGCGGUCUCUGUGCUUUUAGUUUCGAGUUGGUGUACUUUUUUCUUGCUUUCUGUUUUUGUUGAUUUAUUUCUUUAUACCCCAAAGCAUUGAUUGCAUGUAUGGGCUUGGUCAGGGUACUUCCUCGUCUAUCCCAGCUUUUUUUGUUGUUCUCUUUAUCAUCCAUCUACAUGAAGCAUUGACUUAAUAGUGUAAUGCAGCGGCACAGCUCGUUUUCUUUUCGGUUCUUACAGUUGUGCUACAAUAACAGAUCAGCAUGCGACUUGAAGCAAACUUCACCAACCUUGAC